CUUGCUCUUUCCCGCAUUCUUCUCUGGAUCCAAAGCUCGGAACCAGCACAGUCGGCGCCCGCAACAAGCAAGCAAGCCCUGGCCAUGGUCCCGCGUCUCCCUCCCGAGCUUAUAGACGCGAUUGUCGGCCACGUCAGCACCUCUGACAAGGAUACACUCAAGGCUUGCGCCGUUACGGGGUCGGUCUUUCGUGCGACUUGCCAGCGGCGGCUGUGGCGCGAAUUAGAGCUCACCAACAACCCGCAUAAUGACGGCUACUCGUACUCUUACUUGCAGGCGGCUACGCGGUUUGCUGCGUAUCCACACCUCGCGUCGUAUGUUGCUGAGCUGGAGCUGUGGCUUUGUGUUGGGGACGACAUGGACACCGCCGAGUCGGUGUUUCACGCACUGCCCUCUGUUCUAUCGAUCCUUUCGAAGCUUGCGGCUAUCGACAUUCGGCUGUACUACACUCAGAUGGACACCGUCUGGCCCAAUCUUCCCGCGGGGUUCACAACGGCCGUUGCGGAGCUCUUAGCGCGCCCUCCCGCCUCUCUCCGGAAGCUCAGGAUGUCCGACUUCCUCGUAAUCCCACGGGAGGUGAUGCACAGUGCGCUCAUGGCCUGCCCCACUGUCACGCUCUUCAGGGUGAGCGCAGACGACUUCAGCACACGCACUUCUGUCCCCGAGUCUUGGCACAAGUCACCAAUCGAGCGCCUGAAGACGAGCAUCUACCAGCUGUGCCGUCCGUUUCUCUCCCUCACGGUCCUGCCCUACACAAAGUCCCUCCGCGCACUCGUGCUCUGCAACUCCGGUGGAAACGUAAUGUAUGAGCUGUUCACGAUCCCCGCGCUCUGCGCCUCGCUCGCCGAGAGCCUGGAAUACCUCGCGAUCGAGUUUCCCUGCAUGGCACACAGCGACAAUGUCUCUUACUCCCCCGUUAUCGUGCUCCCGCCCCUCCCGAAGCUGCGCUACCUCCAGCUUAGCUUCCACUACAUCGACUACACCGCCCAGGGCCCAGCUGUCAGUGUCGCCCCCGCGCUGUCUCCUCACAACGCAGGGCUCGUCCCACUAUUCCUUGCAAACUCACUCCCGAGCGUGCCCGCGCUGGCCACCCUUGUCCUGCCCGUCGACGUCCGCGUGAGAGGGUUGAGGAUGAAAUACGAGCCGCCUGCUGCAUUUGCUGUCUUUGACUCGCUCAUCUCCGCCUUCCUCGCCCGUGAGGCAACGCGGAAUCGGGCGUGCUACAUCCCAAAGUUACGCUUCUUCCCCCCGCUGCAGGACGAGGCAAAGGCGCGCGCGGGACUGCACAUGGACGCGUUUGCGCGGGCGAUGAGGGAGGCGCAUCCGCUGAGUGUGCCGCUGGGCUUGGCGGUUGUGGAGAGGGAUAGGGAGGGGUGGAUCUCCGAGAUGGUGGAUUUUUGA